CUCAAAGGCAUAUUCUCACAAACCAGCGCCAACCUCUCGACACCUAACCGAAACCUCAAAGUGUGAGAUAAUCGGUUGUCAUGGCUAGGGCUUCUGUGAUGUUUUUUAUUUCUGUGGAGUGACAACAAAAAAGAGAAUCUAAUUCAGCUGUCCUGGACUAUACAUUAUCUUGAAGUAUGAAGAUGCGACUGCAUUUUGUGGUGGAUCCCAUGGGCUGGUUCUGCAUGAGUAUGGUAUUUUUUGUCUGGAUCUAUAACAGCUUCCUCAUUCCCAAACUGGUGCUACUUCCACACUAUGCUGAGGGACAUAUAACUGCUGAACCUGUGAUCUGUAAGUAUCUGACUAUUUUG